AUGUCCUACCCGCAGUUUGGAUACCCUUACUCCUCUGCUCCCCAGAACAGUUUCGAGUCCAAGGAUGGCACCGGAUCUUCACACGCCGGCCUAGCACCCACAGCAGCUGCAGCCUACUACCCUUAUGAGCCAGCUCUGGGCCAGUACCCAUAUGACAGGUAUGGGACCGUGGAUAGCGGCACGCGUCGAAAGAACGCCACCCGGGAGACCACCAGCACACUGAAGGCUUGGCUGCAGGAGCACCGGAAGAACCCGUACCCCACCAAGGGAGAGAAGAUCAUGCUGGCCAUCAUCACCAAGAUGACCCUCACGCAGGUAUCCACCUGGUUCGCCAACGCACGCCGGCGCCUCAAGAAGGAAAACAAGAUGACCUGGCCACCUCGAAAUAAGUGCGCAGAUGAGAAGCGGCCCUAUGGGGAGGGUGAGGAGGAAGAAACUGUCGAGGAGGAAUCACGGGAGGAACCUCUCAAGAGUGCCAAGAGCGAAGGUCCUGUUGGCAAAGACGACAAGGAGCUAGAACUCAGUGACCUGGAAGAUUUCGACCCUCUAGAUGCAGAGACCUCAGAGUGCGAUCUGAAGACUCCCUUCCAGUCCCUGGACAGCGGACCAGAGAGGAUCCCUGCCUCCUCUGAUGGCCCUGGCCCAGGCAAGGAGGCCUCCGCUACACUCCGGAUGCCUCUUGGCACCACUAGUGGAGCUGCCAUGGAUGAGGACCUGGAGAGGGGCCGGAGCUGCCUCCGGAGCACAGUGGUUGCGCCGGACUCUGGCGCCGAGGGCGGCCCACAGGCCUGCGAAGCCAAACUCAGUUUUGCCCCAGCAGGGGCGCCGCCGAGCCUGGAGACCAAGCCGCGCAUCUGGUCCUUGGCACACACGGCCACAGCUACUGCAGCAACAGCUCUGAGCCAGACUGAGUUUCCCUCAUGCAUGCUGAAACGCCAAGGUCCGGCGGGGGCAUCCUCGGUGCCGCCGGCCUCCUCACCUGCAGUCCCAACCCCUUCAGUAGCCCUGGAGAGGCACCAGGACUCCCCAGUAACUAGUCUCAGAAACUGGGUGGAUGGGGUAUUUCACGAUCCCAUCCUUAGGCAUAGCACUUUGAACCAGGCCUGGGCCACAGCUAAGGGUGCCCUUCUGGAUCCCGGCUCUCUAGGACGCUCUUUGGGGGCGGGCACCAACGUACUGACUACGCCCCUGGCCUGCUCCUUCCCGCCCACGGUGCCCCAAGACGCCCCACCUUCGGGGGCCCGGGAGCUGCUGGCUACACCCAAGGCUGGUGGCAAACCCUUCUGCACUUAA